AUGUCCAGCAAAAAGCAAGGGGUUGAACUUAUUCAAGCUGGGUCUCAAAGCAAUAGCGAAUGGAAAGAAGGCGAGUAUCGCCGUGUUGAAUUUGGCUUUGGCGCUCACAACGAUGCUUUAGGAAACAAUAGAAUCAAGACAUCAAAAUACACCAUUAUCAACUGGGCACCAAAAAGUCUGUUAUGGCAGUUCAGAAGAGUUGCUAAUAUUUAUUUCUUAGUGAUUUCAAUUCUUACUUGCAUGCCAUUUUCACCCAAAAGCCCAGUCUCUCUAAUUGCAACAUUCGGAGGUGUCCUUGUCUUCACAAUGUUCAAAGAAGCAUAUGAAGAUUAUUUCCGUCAUAAAUCAGAUAACGCAGUGAACUCUGCUGUCAACUACAAGCUUGAUUUAGCUACCAAAACUGUCAUAGAAAUACCUUGCAUGGAUAUCAAGGUUGGCGAUAUUUUGCAAAUAAAAGAAAACCAAGGGAUUCCUGCAGAUAUCGUCCUUCUUUCAACGUCAAAUCCUAAAGGUAUAGCAAUGGUAAAUACAAUGAACCUUGAUGGGGAAACCAAUCUUAAAGAAAAAACCACGUUAGAAACAACAAGAGGACUUCAGACGCCUGAACAGUUAGCUAAUUUCAGAGGGAUUUUAAGGUGUGACUUACCUCAUAUGUCUUUGAUCAAAUGGAAUUGCAAUUUCGAAGGACCUGAUAAGACCAUGGAGCCUAUGGGGAUGAAUCAGCUGCUGUUAAGAGGCUGCGUAUUGAAAAACACCAAGCAUGUGUUCGGAGUCGUCGUCUAUACUGGAAUUGAAACCAAAAUUGUGCUGAACUCUAAGGCAGCCCCAUCUAAAAUGAGCAACGUGCUCAGAACUAUGAAUACCAUGCUUUAUGCAAUUUUUGCAUUUCAACUGACAGUUUGUUUGGUCUUUUCCGGAUUCAGCAUGAUUUGGAGAUCUGAAAAUGGAUCCAACCAUGUUUACUUAGCUACAUCUGAUGAAGUCACGCCGUGGAUUUUUAUAGCCCAAGCUCUAACUUUUCUUGUCGCAUACUCUCACUUGAUCCCAAUUUCUCUGUAUGUCGCUUUAGAAGUCUUAAAAAUGCUUCUUUCAUAUCUAAUCAGUCAAGACCGCGAACUUUAUUACAUGCCUGAUGACCGGCCAACCACAUGUAGGACAAGCGAUUUAGUAGAAGAGCUUGGCCAAGUCGAGUUUGUAUUUUCUGAUAAAACUGGCACUCUUACCUGCAAUGUUAUGGAAUUCAAAAAAUGCUCAAUAGGAGGGUCUAUAUAUGGAUAUGGCAACAGAAGUAAAGCUUGGGGCGUUGGAGAAGAUACCAAGCCAGAUGCGAUUUUGCAAGAUCCCCACCAUCCUAACCAUGACGAGGUGAAGAUGUUUUUCACCCUUCUCGCUGUCUGUCAUAGCGUUUUACCUUCUCCAGACCCAGAAAACCCGAAAAAACCUAAAUACCAAGCAGCGUCUCCAGAUGAGCUUGCAUUAGUUGAAGGAAGCUGCGACAUGGGAAUAGUCUUUUCUGAUAGAAUCGAUGGUAAAGAAAUCAUAAACUACCGUGGGGAGCAACAAACCUGGGAAGUUAUUGCUGAAGUCCCAUUUAACUCUGACAGGAAACGUAUGUCAGUUGUAGUAAGAGAGCCACAUACAGGCAAAUAUAUGCUGAUGACCAAAGGAGCUGAUAUGGUUAUGAUGAAAUUGCUUAAAAAGAACCAAAGUUUCGAAACGCUAGACAAGCACAUGCACACCUUUGCAAUAGAAGGGCUAAGGACUUUAGUUCUAGCUUAUAGAUAUAUAGAUGACCACGAAUUUGAUGAAUGGAUAAAGAUAUGGAAAGAAAUUCAGCUAUCAAAAUCGCCUGAUAAGUCAGAAAGACUUGAUGCACAUGGAGGACUAUUAGAAAAUAAUUUAAAUUUAUUAGGAGCGACAGCAAUUGAAGAUAAACUGCAAGAUGGAGUCCCUGAAGCUGUGUCAUUUCUGCUGUCGUCUGGAAUAAGAGUGUGGGUGCUUACAGGUGAUAAGCAAGAAACGGCGAUUGAGAUUGGAAAAGCUUGCAACCUAGUCCAGCCUUCCAUGACUUUAGUUGACCUUUCAAGCACUUCAUUAGCUGAGUUUUCUGCGGUGCUUGACUACUACGUCAAUUUAUAUUCUCUUAAAACAAUGAGUAUAAAAGAUCUCCUGAAAUUCAAAGAAACAAUGACAGAAAGGCUUGCCUUGGUUAUUGAUGGUCUCACACUAGUGUGGGCUCUUGAUGCUAAACAAGCUUAUCGAGAAAAUUUCUUUAAACUAGGCUUGAUUUCAGAAUCCUGCAUAUGCUGCAGAGUUUCACCUGCACAAAAAGCUCAAGUUGUUGCGCUUGCUAAGGAAUCAGGACCAUGGAUCACUCUAGCUAUUGGAGAUGGUGCUAACGAUGUAAGCAUGAUACAAGAAGCUCAUAUUGGUGUCGGAAUUGCUGGAAAAGAAGGCUCUCAAGCUGUUCAAGCUUCUGAUUAUGCGUUUUGCCAGUUUAAAUACCUCCAAAAACUACUGUUAGUCCAUGGGAGAUGGGGAUAUAGAAGGAUUUCGUAUUUCAUCUGUUAUUACUUCUAUAAAAAUGUGACUGUGGUGUUUGCUGACCCACCCUCUGCGAGCGAGAAAAAAAAUUUGUUUAUAGAGGGGUUAUUUUUAUUUUUAAUAAAAACUAUUUUUUAGAAUUUCUGUAUGAAAUAAUUUAUUUUGUUAUAUUUUAAAGUGCAAUCUGUUUUAAAAUUUGCAGAAUUAGCUAGAUUUUUCAUUAUAAUAAUUAUCACUUAUAAAUCAAUUUUGUUCGCUCACGGAGGGUGGGCUUUUGGUCAAAAUAUGAUGAUUUUUCCAAUGAUUUUGAUCGCUCACAGAGAAAGGGAGUGAGCUUUGCUUUUCCUUCUUAAAUGGCUUCAGUGGUCAGGUUUACUUCUUAGAUUGGCUGCCUAUGCUUUUUAAUGCUCUUUGGACUAGUUGGCCAUGCUUGCUAAUCUUUUUGUUCGAACAAGACUUAAACGCUGAAGACUCUUUCAAGUAUCCAGUUGCUUAUCAAGCUGGGCCUAGGAAAGCCUAUUUUUCUUUCAAAGUAUUCUGGAGAUGGGUGGUAUUUGCAAUUUGGCAUGGAGUGUUAUGCUUCUUUAUUCCAAAUAUGACGCUUUACAAAGCAAUAGAUGAGGUCGGACAAGUAGCUGGACUGUGGUUUGUGUCAACGAUUACCUUUACACUUGUAAUCCAUGUGAUUACAUUUAAACUGUUUUUAGAGAGCGUAUUUUGGAAUAAAAUUAGUAUUGUGGCUGGAAUGAUAUGCAUAGGAUUUUAUUAUUUAUGUUUGAUUGGGCUUAAUACAAGUGUUGUGGCGAAACUUGCCCAGCCUGACCUGAAUCAGCUAUUUUAUUUAGCGUUUUCAUUGCCGAAGACGUGGCUUGUGGUCUUUUUUACACCUUUCUUGGCAUUAAUUCCUGAUUUUAUUUUCAAAACUUGGGACCACAUUUUCCAUCCCACUCCGAUUGACUUGAUAAUUAAAAGAAUAACUAAUAAAAGUUAA